CAUAUUACACUCGCCAACCGCGCACACUACCGCUCCUCAGCUUGUCAGUGUUGUGUGCUGCAAGCAAAGAACUGUUAGCGCAAGUUGCACUUCCGUCUGCGAUACGGGAUGGAUAAGGUCGUAAUUGGCAUAGAUGGCGGGACCGAAAGCUUGCGCGCGGGUGUCUUCGACAAGACGGGCCGCAUGCUGGGCAGCCACGCCCACCCCUACGAAACGCAGUAUCCUCAUCCUGGAUGGGCUGAGCAGCGGCCUGAAGACUGGUGGACGGCUGUGGGGGCUGCGGUGCGCGGCGCGGUGGCGGCUGCGGAGGUGACUCCGGACCAGGUGGCGGCGCUGUGCCUGGACACCACGUGCUGCACAGUAGUGGCACUGGAUGCUGACGGCGCUCCACUGCGUCCGGCGCUGUUGUGGAUGGACAUGCGCUCCGCGGCUCAGGCCAGGGCGGUGGCGGGUGUGACUGGGGGCGACCCGGCCCUGGUGGUGAACCAGGGCGGCGCCGGCCCGGUGUCGGCGGAGUGGAUGCUGCCCAAGUCGCUGUGGCUGGCGCAGUGCGAGCCAGCCACCUGGGCCCGCGCCGCAACCAUAUGCGAGUACCAGGACUACCUGAACCUGCGGCUGACGGGUCGGCUGUGCGCCUGCACCAACAACAUGGCGGUGCGCUGGCACUGCGACACACAGCGGGGCCGGCCGCUGAGCCUGAUGGCUAAGUUGGGCAUUCCCGAGCUGGCGGGCAAGUGGCCGCAGGAGGAAGUGGCGCCGGGGGGCCGGGUGGGGUCGCUGACGGAGGCGGCGGCGCAGCACCUUGGGCUGGCGGCGGGCACGCCAGUGGCUCAGGGCGGCGCGGACGCCUUCAUCGGCAUGAUCGGACUGGGCGUGGUGGCGCCGGGGCAGAUGGCGCUACUCACAGGCUCCUCCCACCUGCAGCUGGGAGUGGUGGGGUCUGAGCUGCACGGCCGGGGCUUCUUCGGCACGUACCGGGACGCUGUGCUGCCCGGCUGCAGCGUCAUAGAGGGCGGCCAGACCUCCACCGGCUCAGUGGUCCACUGGUUCAAGCGCACGCUGUGUCCACCCGGGCUGAGCUAUGCGGAGCUGGACGGGGAGGCGGCUGCGGUGCCGCCGGGCUGUGAGGGGCUGACGGCACUGGACCACUUCCAGGGCAACCGCACGCCGCACACGGACCCGCUGUCCCGCGGCGCACUGGCAGGACUCACACUCAAGCACGGGCGGGGCCACGUGUUCCGAGCUCUGCUGGAGAGCGUUGCGGCAGGCACUGCGGUCAUCCUGCGCGCCAUGUCCGCCUCCGGCUACCUGCUGCCCUCCGCCAUCACACUGGCUGGCGGCGCGGCCCGGUCCGAGCUGUGGCUGCAGAUCCAUGCCGACAUGAGCGGAGUGCCGCUGAGGCUCACACGCGAGUGCGAGGCGCCCAUGUUGGGGUGCGCCAUCCUGGCGGCGGUGGCGGCGGGCUGGUACGCAGACGUGCCGGGGGCGGUGCAGCACAUGGUGCACGUGGAGCGGCAGGUGGAGCCGGACCCGGCCGCAGUGGCCGCAUACGCAGUCCCACUGGCCCGGUACGCGGCGCUGUACCCGGCCCUGGCGCCCCUGUUCCAUGGGGACCACGACCACGACCUGCCCGCGGGGCAGCAAGGGCAGAAGGCGCAGGCGGGAGCCAACGGCGGCUCGUCCGGACCGCACCUGGCGGCUGUCUCGGCUGAGCGGUCGGGCAGUGGCGGGGUGGUGAGUGCGGAGGGCGUGUCGUUGGAGCUGGGCGGCGGCAAGGAGGCGGCGGCGGAGGCGGCGGCUGGGCCCAGGCCUGCAGGUGAGCCUGCAGGCGGCGGCGGCGGAGGUGCGGCAGCAGGGGCCGCAGCGGGUGGCGUCAUCCUGGCUCCCAGCAUUCUGGCUGCCGACUUCGCCAACCUAGCGGCUGCGGCUGCGGCGGCUGAGGCUGCUGGUGCGGGCUGGCUGCACGUGGACGCGUUUGACGGCUCCUGGUCCGCCUGCCGCAACUUCACUGUGGGGCCGCCGGUGGUGGCGGCACUGGCCCGCGCCACCCGCCUGCCGCUGGACGUGCACCUGGCCGUGAUGCAUCCGGGCCGCUACAUCGACUCGCUGGUCAAGGCGGGGGCGGCAGGCAUCACCGUGCACUGGGAGAUUGCGCCCGAGGCUGAGGUGGCCGUGCUGCUGGGCUGGAUCCGCGGGGCGGGGCUGAGGGCGGGCGUGGCUCUGGCGCCCGACACACCUCUGCCGGACUCCCUGGUGUCGCUGGCGGCCCGGGGCGGUGUGGACGUGGUGCUGCUGCUGGCGGUGGCUCCGGGCUGGGGCGGCCAGGCCUUCAGGCCGGCGGUGCUGGACAAGGUGCGGCAGCUGCGGCAGGCGGCUGGGCCGGAACUGCGCAUCCAGGUUGACGGCGGCGUCAAUGCGGCCACUGCGGCUGAGGCCGUGGCGGCGGGGGCGGACGUGUUGGUGGCGGGCAGCUUCCUGUUCGGACACAGCAAGGGUCUGGCGGCGGGUAUGGAUGAGCUGCGCGCGGCGGUGGCGUCUGGGCUGGCGGCGGCGGCGCAGAAAAAGGCAUAGGCGCGGGAGCAAGUGAGGGCGUGCACUGCAGGGGAGGUGCAUCGGUGCACUGAGCAGCACGGGGAAGCAAGCGUUGGGAGGAAAACGGCGGGCGCGGACACGGCGGGUGCGGACACGCCAGGGGGCAGGGGCAGGAUGGCUGGUGGAGGAUGGCGGGUCGGGAGGGCAGCACAAGGGAGGCGUGUGGUGGCUUGGCGUGCGCUGGACCGCAAGAGUCCAGCGUGCGCCAAUCUAAGCACAAAGACUGCAUUGGAGGCGCAUUCCGCCUGUAAUGGAUUUCAGCG